AAAAGACGUGGUGGAAAACGCCUCCAUGACAUACCGGCUGUUUGAAGGGAAGGACCAUGCGUCCGUCUACCAAAAGUACCGCCUCACACCUCCAGAAGAGCUGAAGGACAUUAUCAUUCAGUACUUGGAUAAAAGGAGGGGGCAGCCACAUGAGCUGGCCGUUGAUCUUGGAUGCGGAACGGGGCAAAACUCUCGUCUCCUGGCGCCGCACUUCAGAGAGGUGGUGGGCAUCGACGUCAGUGAGAACCAGCUGGAGGUGGCCAGAGCUACGCCGGGGUUCCCCAACAUCACUUACAGAGAGGGGACUGCAGAGGAGCUUCCUUUUCCAGAUGGCUCAGUGGACCUGCUGACAGCAGCCGCAGCAGCUCACUGGUUCAACCGGUCCAGGUUCCUCGCCGAGGCCAGCCGGGUUCUGAAACCCGGGGGAUGUAUGGCUCUGCUGGGCUUCACUGAUACUAACACCCGAUUCUGCUACAAGGACUGCGAAGAAAGAAUCCGUGAAGUCUAUGAGGGGGUGAAAAAGGUGCUGUUACCGUUCACAAGCCAACAGGUCGCAGUAGCUGACGGCAAACUGGAGGAGCUGUACUCUGCCAUCCCCUUUCCAGACAAAGAGAGGAUUGACAGUUUUAAGUCAAAGUGUUUCAUCUCGGUGAGGAAUCUGGUGGGCUUCAUGGAGUCAUGGUCCAUGUUUCAAGCUUACAAGGCAAAAGAUGGCGAGAGGGCUGAAGAGCUGCUGCUCAACACACAGAAAAGGUUUCUGGAGGAGAUGGGAGUCACGUCCCCUGAUACUGAAAUAGAGUAUGAAUUAGAAUACUACUGCGUGCUGGCAUCCAAACCACACUGAUUCUUCUGAUGCACACACAUUGAUACCUUUUGAUUCUUGUAUCAUUAAA